CCUUCCCGUUCCGGGAGCGCGGCGGCUUCCCCCGGGCCCUAGCGCCUGGGCCUGGGAGGAGGAGGAGGAGGACGAGAAGACGGAGGACAUAGAAGAUGAGGAAGAAGCCUGGCCCCAGCCCACUGGAGGUUUUUGAAGUGUGUGAUGAAGAUAACAAAGGCUGUUUAAGCAGAGAUGACUUUAAAGUUGCAGGAGUACUGUUGUUUGGUUACAAGCCCUCAAAGGUAUAUUAUUUGAAAAUUUUUAACUAUACAACUGAAACAAGGCAAAUAUUCACAGCUUUUGAUGUGCAAAGUAGAGGGUUUUUGACUUUUGAAGACUUCAAGAAAACCUUCAAUUCUGUUUCUCCAAAAUUAUCUAAAAGAAUCGUACCUGAAGCCUUCAGACAGGUUGAUCAGGAUUCUAAUGGUCGCAUAAGCUUCAAAGACUUUGAAUCUGCAAUGAAGUAUGGACAAGAUGAAGGAUCACCGUUGUACUUUGCUUAAAGUAUAGUUUCUAGUGAAGAGACAAAGUGAAAACUUUAGAUCUCAAGUUAUUUAAAAAUCAAUGAAACUUCAUUUGUUUCAGCCAGCAUUUUAAGAACUUUGACUGUAAGUGUAGCUCUGAAGAACAGCCUUUGAAGCUUUACUGUUGACAAGUUGGGUGUAUUAAUUUACAUGUGUAUGUGUGUGUAGAAUACUUAAAAUAUUUGAAACUCAAUUGAUUCCCAGUCACCCUAGUUAGGAAUUGCAACUUCUCUACUUUUUGAUUUUGACAACAUAUGGGAAAGGACUGACUGAUUUCCAAUUACUGUGAAAUUUAUUUUAUUUUUCAAAGUCCUUUGUUGACAGACCACAAUGCCUCACACAUGUAGAAGCAGAUAAAUUUAUGGUGGAUAAUGCCUGUUUUUUAAAAAAUCCAUAGUAUAUUUGUCUUUCCUUUAUUGCUUCCCCUUCUUAUAUUGUUCUUUAUUUUUAAUAUUACACCUCAUUUUUAAUUUAGUAUUUAUUUGUUAAUUGUCUAUCAAAUUUACUUCUGAGCAACUAUGGAGAACUGUGUGGGUAUAAUAAAAAUAAUGAAGUAA